UCAAGCUUUGCUUUACCAAGCAUCAGACUGAAGAGGGGCCUGUCUGCAGGUGAACCUCCUGUCUGGCCGCCGGCGUGGCCUUUCCUCGAGCGGAGGCUCAGUGCUGCACGGCAGCGAUGUUGCGGCCUGCAGGGGCCGGGGCGUGCCCCGACGUGGCGGCCGGUCAGCCGGCAGAUGCCGCGGUUGGCUCGGCCGCCCAGGAUGUGCCGCAGUGCCGCCUCGCCCCCCUCGACCAGCUCGUCGCGGAGUUCCGGAGCCGUGUCGGCGCCGCGGCCCCCCCGCGCUGCGACGGCGAGUGGGAGCUCCCGAGCGACGCGAGCAGCGACUCGGAGGACCGCGGCGCGCAAAGUCGCAGCGCCGGCCGCGCGCUGCGCCCCCUCGGCGACCUCCGCCGCGACUUCGACGCGCGGCGGGCGGGCGCGGGCGCGGUGCCGACCACCUCGCCCCUGCCGGCGGCCGCCGCACAUCGAGCUGUGCGCAGCGGCCAGUGCGGCGGCGCCGCCGCGGCGAGCACGGGCACGCUCGUGAAGGUGGUCCAGCACAAGGGCUUCGGCUUCAUCCUGCCGGACGGCGCGGAGGUGGCGGACGUGCUGCUCCACUGCUCCCAGCUCGCAAGGGACGGACUCCUGGGCAUGCGCGUGGGCGUGCGUGUCCGGUACGUGGAGGAGACGGACGCCCGCACCGGCAAGAAGCGUGCCAAGGAGGCUGCGGCGAUGAUAGGGGAGGAGGGGCCAGGCGGCUCUACGAAUGGCGAGCUGCGUAGCCGUGCAGCUGGUGCGAGCUACAGCAGAGAUGACCUCUUGAGAGCUUUUGAGAGGAUUGGGCGACCUUCCAAUGGAUCAUCUCGCUGCAUGUUCACGACCGUCCGCAUUCCACAGGGACCCUGCUGGGCACCAUUCAAGCAUCACGGGAGCCUCGACGACGAGUACCUCAUAGGGAAGCUGGAGGAGCGCCUCUCUAAGGAGUCAGGCUUCGACGACAUGAACGAGGAGACCUUCGGAGAGAGCAGCGGCUGGUCGUUCGAAGAGGCGGUGGCCGCCAACGCCAAGCUGGCCGUCAGCCUGCCGUUCGGCUUGGGCGCCGCGGCGGUUACCGCCGCGGAGAUGGCAGAGAAGCACUGCUUCUUCACACUAGCGGACAGCACCACUGGCAGCGGCUCCAGCGCCACUGGCUGCAGCCCCAGCGGGCCCUCCCCCGGCGAGAGCCCCUCUGGCAGCCCGCUGCUGCGUGCGGCGAGGGGCGAGGGUGCCGUUGCGCUCCACGCGCUCGCGGGCUUGCAGCUCCAGUAGCGGCCUGGCAUGGCGCGUGCCCUCGCUGCACGAGGAGAUGUGCCACACGUAUUCGCGCUGCCGCACAAAUUGCCGCGCAUGAUUUUAAAAGGGCGUGCGUUUUUGUGACUGAUUGGCCGACGACUUGUUCUGUGUGAGGGCAGGCUUGCACGAUCCUUCCUGCGAGCCCGAAAUUUCAUCCGCUGGUCAGGCCGCCCAAAGCGUUGGCCUGAGGCACUUCUGACUUUGUGUAUAUACAGGCCACAAGCCGACGAGCCAUCCCUCAGCCAAGGGAGCGGCGGGAACUCGACGCUCGUCUCGGCAAGAUGGCGUGCGGUAGGAGGACCACUUCUCAGGCGAGGGGUAGUCUGUACCUCCGACGAGUUGUUCUGCUCGGCAUCCCCACCUCCGGCGAUCUGGAACACAUGGCCGUCCAUGCUGUUCUUGUACAUAGAGCGGGGAGAGCAGCGACGCGGGCGGCAUCUCGACGUCUUACCACCUGUGCUUCACACUCUCGUUCUGCAUGGUGAUAGAACGGCAGGGCAUGACGGGGAGGUUCACAGGAAGUUCAUGCGCCCGCCCCUGUCCAGAGGCACAGUUAUCUCGCGAUCCGGUUGCAUCUAACAACGACCUUCCGCAUGCCUACUGGGUUGGUUUUACAAUUGCCAUGGUCUUCAGGCCAUCAUCAUGUGCAGAUGUUUGCAUACGCGUUGAUAUGUUCAUCCAGCCAAAUCUGUUUCUACUUACUAUGUGUUAUGUCUCUGCUUGUCCGUCUACCCUGCUUGACUGCCAUUAUCGAUAUGAGUCGGAUGGGCAUUUGGUUGAUCAUAGCAUGUGUGCAGCCAUUGAAGAGCACCAAGGGGUCAUCCUUGGCCUGAGCUAGGACAUGCCUGGCGACAAGAAAGGAAACGCCUGAGUUUUGUGCUCGAAGUUCGUCGGAACGCCUCUGUCCCCUUCAUGUGCCCACACUUGUCGCUGUGACACCCGCCUCAGCGGUAGGGGUCUAUGAAUCUCGAGGCUCUGAGGUAGUCGGUUGCCUUUUUUCCCUGGGCCGCACGAUAUCGUCCAC